AGUAGAAGUUUCUCUGUCUUUCUCUCUGUUGCUUCCAUGGCUGUAUUGCUUAAAAUGUGUGUGCCUAUUAGUUUCUUUGUGGGUCUAACGUUGCUGGGAUUGGGAAGCUCAGCCAAGUUUGAUGAGCUGUUUCAGCCUGCUUGGGCUAACGAUCACUUCCUCUAUGAAGGAGACCUCCUUAAGCUCAAACUCGAUAACUAUUCUGGUGCUGGGUUUUCUUCGAAAAGCAAGUAUUUAUUUGGCAAAGUGAGCAUGCAGAUUAAGCUUGUGGAGGGAGACUCAGCUGGGACUGUCACUGCUUACUAUAUGUCAUCGGACGGUCCGUAUCACAACGAGUUCGAUUUCGAGUUCCUAGGCAACACCACUGGUGAACCAUACCUUGUUCAAACCAAUGUGUAUGUGAACGGUGUGGGCAAUAGGGAGCAGAGAAUGAACCUUUGGUUUGAUCCCACCAAGGACUUUCACUCGUACUCCAUCCUUUGGAACCAACGCCAAGUUGUAUUUCUAGUGGAUGAGACCCCGAUAAGAGUGCACACCAAUAUGGAACACAAAGGAAUUCCUUUUCCUAAAGACCAAGCCAUGGAUGUGCAUAGCUCGAUCUGGAAUGCCGAUGACUGGGCCACACGGGGUGGUCUAGUGAAGACUAAUUGGAGCCAUGCACCAUUUAUUGCCUCCUACAAAGGCUUCGAAAUCGACGCUUGCGAGUGUCCGGUGUCGGCCAAUGAGACUGCCAACAAAUGCAAAAGCAGUGGUGAGAAAAGGUUCUGGUGGGAUGAGCCAACAAUGUCGGAGCUAAGUUUGCACCAGAGCCAUCAGCUGGUGUGGGUCAGGGCCAACCACUUGGUCUAUGACUAUUGUACGGACACUGCUAGGUUGCCCGUCAUGCCCGUCGAGUGUGAGCACCACCGCCACUAGUGGUGCGGCCUUCGAGGGUUUCUUGGGUACAUUGUAAAAUAUGUUGGAUGGCGUAAAACAUGUACUCCCAUGUUUCAUAUUUUGGUUCUCGUUUAGUUUUCCACAUUGUAUAAUA